AUGACUGCGUACGCGUACAAUGGACUGGCGUGUGCCAGUUCUAACCGCUACGGCUUUGAAGCCUUGCCAACUUUAGGGCUAGGACUGGUAUUGAUUAUCAGCCUUAACCCUGCCAGCCCUUCCUCAAGGAUCAGAAUAGAGAAUAUUACCAAGAUGAGUGUUAUAGUGUAUGGUGUUGCUUGCUAUUAUCUUUCUUUUUGGGAAGAAAGAGAUGAACAAGGAGGCUUUGAGCCUGUUGAGGAGGCUGUAAUUGUUAAGGAUCCAGAUUUCUGGGAGUCGUUGCUGUUCAACGAUUUGGCUCAAGACCUCGAUCUAGGCAUGGAAGCACUUAUAGCCCCAUCGCCUUCUGACAAAGGAAAACGCAAAUUGGGGGAAGUCCCUGUUGAUCUUUGGAAUGACAGUCAAGACCUUCAGUGCGUGGAUUUCAGGGAUUUGAACAAGGCAAGCCCCAAGGACGAUUUUCCCCUGCCACAUAUCGAUGUACUGGUUGACAAUACGGCGGGCCAUGCCCUGCUUUCAUUCAUGGAUGGUUUCUCCGGAUAUAACCAGAUUCUUAUGGCACCAGAAGACCGUGAGAAAACGACUUUCAUCACCGAAUGGGGGACUUAUUGUUACUUGGUCAUGCCGUUUGGUUUGAAAAAUGCUGGUCCUACCUACCAGAGAGCCGCUACGACCAUUCUGCAUGACAUGAUGCACAAAGAAGUUGAGGUCUACGUGGACGACAUGAUUGCUAAGUCAAAAACUCGGGAAGGACAUGUUCCUGUAUUGAGGAAGUUUUUUGAGAGGCUCCGAAAGUUCCGCAUGCGUCUCAAUCCACAGAAAUGCACCUUU